AUAACGUCGCUGUUUUACUCCGUCUGAACACCUCUACGCGCUGUUCGUGGUAUUACUGCAUUUUUACGAUGAGCUUAUCUCUUGGCAUCUUGUCAAUGUUAUUGCUGAAGAAUAGCACGCUUAAAUAACAUUGUCAGCCACAGCAAACGCCCAUCGGACACACCUUGCUCUUUUCCGAGAGGCGUUUAUUUGCUAAAUGAUUGUACGGUACCGUCCAAAUAGGCAGUGCCAACUGCCUUUCACGUGAUGUUCAGGAAAAAUUGCUAAAUUAAUAAAUGCUACUCUUUUCAAAAACGAUAAUGAAUAAUUGAUAGAAAUGCAUCAUAAUGCAGGUCGUUUAUGACUCGCACUAUCGGACUAUUGUGGGAGUUGUAGUCUUAUGUUGUAAAAUUGUGAUCCCAUGGCUGCAGCGUUCAAUGUGAAGAACAACAUAUCCCAAUUUGCCUCUUUCGCCUUUCUGUAGCAGUGGAAUGUUUCGCCCUCGUGUUGAGUGGCUGAGAAUUGCACCAAUGAGCGAUCUUGUGAGGCGAUGUUUGCGGGUCAGGGAAACUCAAGCGUUUGACCAUUGGACUAGAACGUAUGGAAGGGCGGACCACGAGAUCUUGAGGUGGAUGUUGUUUCUUUGGAAACCGCUGUCCUCGUGCGCCGCCUGUCGCGAGAAAGAUGUUGGUGUCUGGGUGUCAUUCCAGCUGGAGUCAGAGCUGCAGUGCGGACAAAAAAAUGAACGGCACGAGAGGAUGUGAAGGCAAUUUCGCGGAUGCCCCCGUUAGAAAUAUACUCUUUUGAAACAGACAGGCUUUUAGCUUAUUUGAUUUGUUAAGAGCAUGUUGACCUAUAAUUAGAAAGCUAAGUUAAUUUAACUCAAAUUCUUCAUUUUUCAGAAAUAUCCUAUAUGUCGAGGUAAUGUGCAUACCUUGAGAAGUAGCUAGCACCUCUGGCUAUCUAGCCAACUGACAUUAGCUAAGACUAGCUACCUGCCACACCAAGAUGGCAAGUGGGCACAUUGAAAAUGAAUUCGCUUUAACUGUUUUUCUAGCUACCAUUGCAUCUAAGGCAUUUCUUAAAAUACAAUAAACACAAUUUUUUUGUUGUCGUUAAUAGCUCACUUCUUUAACGUUAACUGUGGUACACGAACAAGAUACAUUUUAACUGCACCAAACGAACCUGCUUAUUCAUUGAAGGCUAACGUUUUAAUUCCAGUUUUGAGAAUUUUAAUAUUUUGUUUUCUGAAUUAUCGGCCAGUUCGCCAACGUUAGCCCAACUGUCCAUAGAGUAUACUUACUAGUAGGCUACACUCUGGAACACUAGUUACUUUGACAUUUGCGGCGUUUGAUGGUUAGACAAUAGCUGUCAGUGCUGCAGCAUGUAUGUCCGUACGUUCCGAUAUGAGCACAAUGCAAAGGAAUAAUUCAGCUACACUCUGGGAAUGUGCGAAUUCUGUGCUUCUGUCGAGGAAAGGUCUGCAGUAUUGGAAAGCGGCACUAAGAUUUAUCUGAGAGGCCCUGUGAAAUCCCAAAUUAAGGUUAGCCCUGUGGUGAAGAAUGGGAAGAAACAGCCACCUAUUGUAGACUCUGCGCAAGAUCCAUGGCUGAUGUGAGUGGGGAGCUGCUGCUCGUUUCCCUGGCCGGCGGAUGCUGCGUGUAGGGCCGGGUCUCCAGGACGACGCAAACAUGAACGGGGCGGGAGAGCAGGUGGACAUCCUGCCGCCCAACUGCAUGGUGAAGGACCGAUGGAAAGUGCUGAAGAAGAUCGGCGGUGGGGGCUUCGGGGAGAUCUACGAGGCGCUGGACCUGCUGACGCGGGAGAACGUGGCGCUGAAGGUGGAGUCGGCCCAGCAGCCCAAACAGGUCCUCAAGAUGGAGGUGGCCGUCCUGAAGAAGCUGCAAGGCAAAAAUCACGUUUGUAAGUUCAUCGGAUGUGGACGAAAUGAGAAGUUCAACUAUGUGGUCAUGCAACUUCAGGGACGAAACCUGGCGGACCUCAGGAGGAGCCAGCCGCGAGGCACGUUCACCAUGAGCACAACCCUGCGCCUGGGGAAGCAGAUCCUGGAGUCCAUAGAAGCCAUCCACUCCGUGGGGUUCCUGCAUCGAGACAUCAAACCGUCAAACUUCGCCAUGGGUCGGCUGCCUUCCACGUACAGGAAAUGCUACAUGCUAGACUUCGGCCUCGCGCGACAGUACACCAACACCAACGGAGAAGUCCGACCUCCUCGAACUGUUGCAGGAUUCCGGGGAACUGUUCGCUAUGCUUCAGUCAACGCGCAUAAAAACAAAGAAAUGGGUCGCCAUGACGAUUUAUGGUCCUUAUUUUACAUGUUGGUAGAAUUUGCGGUUGGACAGUUGCCCUGGCGGAAAAUUAAGGACAAGGAGCAAGUGGGACAGAUCAAAGAGCGCUACGAUCACAGGAUGCUGCUGAAACACAUGCCUUCAGAAUUCCACAUCUUCCUGGACCACGUCCUGGGCCUGGACUACUACACUAAACCAGACUAUCAGCUCCUGAUGUCCGUGUUUGAGAACAGCAUGAAGGAGCGCAUCAUCACCGAGAACGAGCCCUUCGACUGGGAGAAGGCCGGGACCGACGUCCUGCUCUCCACCAGCACGUCCACCCCGCCACAACACAACACCCGGCCCACGGCCGCCAUGGUGGGGGUGGUGAAUGUGACGCCGGUGCCUGGGGACCUCCAGAGGGAGAACACGGACGACGUGCUGCAGGACGAGCACCUGAGUGACCAGGAGAACGCCCCGCCCCCGCCGGCCGCCAGCCGCCACGGAGACGCCAGCCAGCCGCCAGCGGAGGGGGAGCCCUGGGAGGACACCGACUUCAACCGCAACAAACUCAGGAUCAGCAUCAGCAAGACGCAGGUGGCGGCGGAGGAGGAGCCCAGCCGGGGGGCGUGUCCCGUGUCCCCGGUGCGAAGCGCGCCCCCGGAGUCGCCCGGCGGCCAGGCGCGCUCGCUGAGAUACCGCCGCGCCACCAGCCCCGAGUCCGAGCGGCUGUCUGCCGCCGAGGGCCGCGCCGAGGCCUACGACAAGCGGUCCCGUAUGGACAUCCUGGGCUCUCCCUCCAGGCAGGUGUACUCGUCCCAGCCGGCGCAGAUGCUGUCAGUGGACGUGGCGCCGGGGGACCGGCAGGCCAGCGGCCGGCAGGAGGUGUCGGCCUCCGUGGACCACGAGGCGCUGAGCAACGCCUUCCGCUCGGUGCCGCUGGCCGAGGAGGAGGACUUCGACAGCAAGGAGUGGGUCAUCAUCAACAAGGAGGCGGAGCUGCGGGACUUCCUGCCGGGGGCGGAGCCCACCACCUCGGGCACCACGGACGAGGAGCCGGAGGAGCUGCGGCCAAUCGAGGAGCAGGAGGAGCGGCGGCGGCUCGGGGGCGGGGCCGGAGGCGGGGCCGAGGCCGUGGUCCGGCCCAAGACCCGGGGAAUGCUGACGGUGGCCGAGGAGGAGGGGCAUGCCCCAAGCCCCACCCACUCGCCCUGUCACUCACUGCCUUUCGCCCGCCCACGGAGGAGGGAGUCGGAGCCCGACGGACCCCACAGACAGGUCCUUUUGCCCAAACCGUUUGAGCAGAACGGCCUGCCUCUGCUGGUGCCUUCCUGUCCGUCUUACCCAGACUUCCGAGCGAGGGAGCAGGCUGUGGAGAAGGACGCCCUGGCGGGGCUGCCCCAGCUGCAGGGGAAGCGGGUGGACUUCCUGUCCUUCAGCGGCAUCCUGCUGCCCCAGGAGCCCGCCGCCGUGCCCCCCCAGCGCAGCCGGGCCGCGGACGGGGGGGUCCAGGCCAAGAGCGAGUCCAGCAGCGACGCCAGCCAGAAGAGCACUGAGCACAGCCAGGAGGGGGCGCCCUCCACCCUGCUGGCCGACGAGCAGAGGGACUCCAAGGGCCGGGCCUCCACCGUGGAGGCGGACCUGGAGCUGGAGGAGGGCUCCAAAACGCUGGUGCUCUUCUCCCCGGGCGACAUGAGGAAGUCUCUGGCGGCCGGGGAGCUCCUCCCCCCGGACGCGGACCUGGGCACGGUGCCCGCCGUCACGCCGCAGAGCGAGAGGCCGCUGCCCAUGGGCAGCCAGCUGGACGUGUCCGAGCCGGGCACCCUCUCCUCCGUGCUCAAGUCCGAGCCCAGGCCCCUCCUCCUGACCGCCGUGGUGGCCGCCGCCGCCGCCUCCUCCUCCCCGUUCACCAAAGUGGAGCGCACCUUCGUCCACAUCGCCGAGACGUCCCACCUCAACGUCAUGUCUUCCAGCGGGCAGCAGGCCCGGCUCGCCGAGCGCGAGCUCUUCGCCGUGGCUGAAGAGCCGUCCGCCACCGGGGACGUCCGGGAGGGCGAGGAGGAGGAGGAGGAGGAAGCGGAAGAGGAAGAGGAGGAGGAGGAGGAGGAGGAGAAGGAGGAGGCCCCGGGGAGCGAGGGCAAAGCGGAGAACGGGUCCGAGGAGCAGGAGGUGGAGCGAGAGGCCUCCGCCCAGGACGAAGCGUCCCCCCGGAGUCCGGCGGAAGAGCCGCCAGCUCUGAACGGCCUGGACCAGCACGGGCCGGACCCCGAGCUCGCGACAGAGGAGGGCCCCGCCCCCGAGCCCGCCCCCGCCUUGGCGCCCGUCGGUGAGGACCGCGAGGCUCCGGCGGAGGAGCGGCAGGAGGAGCGGCAGGAGGCGCUGCAGGAGGAGCGGCAGGAGGACGGCCUCGCCGCGGCGGACGGCGGUAAGCGGCAGGCGGCGCGGCGCCGGAGCCGGAUCCCGGUCCUGGUGUCGGAGGAGGACACGGGCUCGGACCAGUCGGCCUCGCCCUCGGGGAGGGAGCAGCCGGUCCGGAGGCUGGCGCAGAGGCAGCAGCAGCUGGCGCGCCUCCUCAUGGAGCGGCGGCAGGGCCGGCCGCUGCGGCUGGCCUCCGGGGGCUCCUCCUCGGCCUCCUCCGGCUCCGAGCGCAGGCGCGCCUCCCAGACGCUGUCCCCCGCCGGGUCCGAGGAGGACACCCGCGACUCCGACGACUCCUCCGCCAGGCGAGCCUUCGGCCCCGCGCCCCGCCCCCCCCAGCCCGGGCGGCCCCGCAGCAGGAUCCCCCGCCCCGUCACGCCCGUCAAGAGGCCCACGCCCCCCCCGCUGGCCCCCACCCCCUGCCCGGCCAGCGCUCAUAAACCUACAUCCUCUGCUGUACAUAGGCUUCAAGCGCAGAAAGCAGGGAAUGCAAUCAUGAAUGUUCAACACGACCUGAGGUCACAACCGAUGCAAUCGCAGGCCCACCCCUCGGCCCCCCUCCACCUCGGGAGCCCCCGGAUCUCCCAGCGCGGGACGCCCCGGACCCCCGCCUCCCCGCCCCCCCGCAGCCUGAGCACCUCGCCCCGCAGUUACUCCACCUCCCGGACGGACAGCCCCUCCCCCCAGCGCCAGCGCCACCCCCCCGCCGUCACCGAGGUGCGCCGGCAGCUCAUCUCCUUCCGCGCCAACACAGCCCUGCCGCUCAGGCCCAGGCCGCCACCGGGGGGCGCCGGCGAGGACGCAGCCGCUCAGCCACCCGCCGCCAGCAAGCCCGGGAGGAGGGUCAGGCCCCACCCGCAGGCCACGCCCCCCAAGGGCCGGAGAGCAUCCACGGAAGGCAAGGCCGCUGCCAGAUAAUAGCCCCUCCCUCUCCGCAAACGCCUUCCCCCUCCAUGAUAAAAACAAAAAAAAAAAAUCAUGCUUCUUAAUCAACUUCAGAAAAACAAACAAACAAAAAAAAAAACACACAUCACCUCAAAAAAAAAAAACUUCAAUCCCAGGCCAAACAAAUGUCUUUCGGCUUCUCUCUGGUUCUCAUAUCCCGUUUGUAUGUUUAGUUUCACUCGCGUUACGCUCUAGGCAGAAAGGUGGUUCGAGUAGGACUUCCGGUUGGCCAGGCGUUGUUCUUGUUCCCAAAUUUGCCUUUUCUUCAUCGUUGUCAGGACUUCAACAAUCGGUGCUUCAAAAUAGAAUGAAAUUAUACGCGCUUAAAGUUUUUGUCUGUACUUCAACUAAAAACAUAGUUCGAUUUUACUGCAAUACUGUAGGCUACGCAAUGCGCCAUUACUAUGGUCUACACUAAGCAACCGUUAAAUUGCACAACUCGUAUUCUACGUAUUUUCCAAAAAAUCUGUUUCUGGAUAAGUGCAUAAAAUAUGGUGUGAACGUGCUGUCAAUCAAAGAUUCCCUUUUCAUUCCCGUCGCUUCACAGGGCGGAACAAAUAAGAACAAGAUUCUUCUGACAAGCGGCGCUGAAGCGCAUCCGUUUGACAGAAAACGUCCUUUCCGAAAUGCGGAGCUGAUUUUAGGGCUGUUUUACUGAAGCACCUUCCUUUCAUAGAGACUUUUAAAAGGCUCGCACCCACUUUCCAGCUGUCCAGCUGCUCUCUCUCUUUAGCGCUACAGAGUUGUAAAAUACCUGCAAUAUAAAUGUGAUACUUAUUCCAAAUAUAUUCCAAAUAAUUGGCUUGGGGAGUUGGGUUGUUCAGUCAUUAAUAAACACUGGUCUCACCACUUAAUGCCUGCGGUUGAUUAAAAUAAAUAUCCGUCAUUACUAAAAACAGCAUUUUCACGUUACAGUGGAUGCGAGCUAUGAGAAAAGGCGUUAGGCCUACACGUUCAAGAAUGUAGCUGUUAUUGUUCUGUCGGGCUUUAUCGGGUCUUUAUGGGUUUUACCUGAACCCGCUCUACGGAGCUUACUCGCUUACUGUUGAGCAGUCAGCUCAGCGUAAGUAGACCCACUUAUGCAUAUUUGUAUUUGCCGAUAAUAUCGAUUAUAAAAGAUAAAUAAAUAAUAACAGCACAUUGUUGUUCCCCCGCGCCCUAUUCGGAGUAAUUCUGUUAAAAAAAAAUAUUAGUCACUGUCAGAGGAUUUGUGUCUCUGGUUCUUGGUGAAAUACUGAAUUUGCUCAGUUUAUGUUGUGCCAGUUGUCGGCCUAACAUAAAUCGUCCUUAACCUUUCUUAGUGAAAAAUUGAAGCAAGUAUUUGGUUUUACACAACAGAGAUGUUUAUUGGUGACAGAUAAAGUUAUCAAAACGUGCAUGAAUCAAAAGAAUUUCCACAUUUAUCGAAAAUCAUUACUCAAAGUUCAUACAUCUCUUGCUUUUGUUUUGUGGAGAAACUCAUCUCCAACUUUUAUUGAUGUCAUUUUCGGUAAUAAAAAACAUUUUCCUUUUGAGUACAGAGUAUAGUUCUCACCAUUAAAUUAUAUUAAAUUUGUAUUAAAUAAUUGCAUAUCAUUGAACAUUUGGGAAAAAAAUAUUUGCAUCUAUAGUUUAUUGAACGGUUCGCGUUGCUGCAAGGUCAAAACACUAUACAGGGCAGAAAGGCAAAACAAAAAUAUCCAUUAAUACGUUUUUCAUUUGACAGGCACUCGUUAGCGGUUUCCAAGAAAACGGUCGACUGUAUGGAACUGUCAGAUUACAGGGUUGUACAUAAAGUUGUCUGAAUAUUGUGACGUCACGCUGGAAAGCCUGAAAGUAUUUGUUUGGCCUGGAGUGAUUUUAAAAAAUCAAUGCCGGCGGAAGAAAGCGUUCUGGAGCCUCCAUGCGAACACUGAUUGGCGAGGCUUCAUCUAUGACGUGAUAAUAAAUUGAACCUGUAUGCGCUGCCAAUCACUGGCUGAUUUUAACCAAAGUGCUUCGUUUACAGUAGUAAAUAAAAAGAAGAUUAGAGAUGUUAAGAGAACCAGACGGCUCCACUCAUGCAGUGGUUCAGUUAGCCUCGCUCCUUCAUUGCUACUGAUAACCCUUCUUGUUAAAAUGAACAAGGCAUGCCUUCUGAACACUUUGGUUUUGGUGUGUGAUAAUAGAUUAAGAUAAGUAUGUAUAUAAUAUAAUUAUUUCUUGAGAGGAAGUUAUCUUUAUUUUUUAUCUGGUAAAUCAAUCCAAAAAUAUAUUAAAUGUUGUUUUUUUCCCCCUUUGUUUAAAAAAAAUCUAACUUUUGAUCCAUGAGACCCAAGAAAGCAUGAUCAAAUAAGUAAAGAGUGAAAAAUGUUGUAAGUGUAUACAUCAUUACAAAGCGACGAUUCACUCGUCACAAACCCAGUUUGGUUAUCCGAAGCAGUGUGUUGGGGUAUGUGAAGCAAGGCAUUACUCUGCAAUGAACAUAAAAUCAAGGUUAUGUGGGGAAACGUACUGUUGUAUGUACUGUUGGUGCUUCUAAUUGGGGGGUUCAUACCCCCAGAUUCAAAUUCGUUCUCCCAAAUUCAAAGAUAAAAAUUCAUUCACUAGUUCAGCUAUGACACCCGCAUAGGCUACGACACUUCCACCCGAGCACGGCACUUUCAGUCAACAGAAUAUGGCGUAUUUUAGAAAUCAGUCUAGUUCUACACAUUUCCACUGUCUUAACCCGUGACACCUAUUCAUUUUAACUCUUGAUCCAGGAUUAAAUCGUCAAAACACACAGGCUGAGGUAAACUUGCAUUGAUGGCUUGAAGGCUAGUUUUUAAUUACAACAUACAUCACUUGUGGCUCGCUUUUAAGAUUUUUUUCAGUCCAUCGGUUACCGUUAAAGUGUUUCAUUUUGAUUGCGCUGGUUUUUGCUUUUUCUCAACGGCUACUUAAAAAGGUCCUGGAAACAGAACGUCGCCGUCAGUUUAGCGUGAGGCUAACUUCCCUAGAGCAGGUCAUAUUUCUUGUGGUGGGUUGUGGCGCACAUUUUUACAUCUGAGAAACAGGUGGGUUGCUUGGCAUGUCAUUCCAUUCCCCUAGGAACCACCCUUACCUCGUGGUAAUUCCAUGUGUACUUACUGAGAGAGGCUGGACUGUGCAUGAGAGUGUUUCACUCUUUUGAAAACAUUCGUAAGACUCUCCAACACAUAAGCUAUCAUUUUGAAGCAGGGUUCUGUUAGUAACUGUAAUGUCUUGUGCCGUGUCCUUGCAUAUUUGCUUUUGACAAUCGUAUAACGCAAGCCAAAUAUACUGAAGGUGCGAUCCACAUUUACCCGCGAAACGCUCUCACGUGCAUGGAUCGACUCUCAGUACAGCGCUACUUUCUGUUCUGUUUAAGAGGCUGUCAUAAAUACUUACGCAGUGCGUGGCGAUGGGGAAUAAUCGCGUGGAUUAGACGUAGUGGUUUCCUCCUAAAGGAAAAGUGGAUCUCUGGCAAAUAGAAGUUUUUCUUGCCCCAUGCUUUUGAAAGCUUUGAGAGUGGUUUGUUCUCCUGCCCAUAAGAGAAAGUGUUUUCUAAAACAGCGCAUUACGUCCGUUAUCUCCUCUUCUCUGCCUGACAGGAGACAUGCUUCCAAACGCACUUUGUUUUUAACCUACUGAAUAUAGAUUUGCGAAUGGAAAAAAAAAUCAUUGCGAUACUAAAACCUGAAAUGGCUCGCCUUUUCUUUGUUUUGUUUUGUUUAUGCAGCGAUCCAUUGGUUUGUGAAAAUUCAUGAUCUGCUCGGACAUUUUAAAUUGGGUGACUUCUGGCAGAUAGCUCUGUGGAAUCGCGGUGAUUUGGGUGUUGAUGUUUCAGCCACGGUACUCGCCAAAGAAGCUAAUAUAGAUAUAUACAUACGUGUUUGCUGUGAAGUAGCUCUUUACGUGUAAGGAUAUUUUGUUAUUGAUAAUGAAUAUUUAAAUUAAAAACUACCUUCUUGACUGAAUGCUUGGGAAAGUGCGUGCGAGGUUUGACAAUCCAAACUUGGCAGUUUGAUUGGCAGGUGUGUGCAGGAAGUGGUCCUCUUGGUGACGAGGGGGAUGGAAAUAAGAAAGCCUUAUUUGAGCGCAGUCCUUUGAAAAUCGGUAUUACAACUGAGGUAUUGCACUUGAUAAAGUGUCCUACAAUCCCCACAAGAAACUUUUUGUUUUUUAACUGCCCACGGGUGUGUUACAGCUAACCUCAGUAGACUAAAUAACCCCCCACCCCCCCAACACUCACAAACACAACACAAGAAACAGCUCCUUGUACUGUAUUGUAGUCCUAUGAAUUGAUUAGCAACUAAAACUUUUAAGGUUUUAAUAUAUAAUGCAUAUGCACAUGUGCACACACACGCACACACUCACACUCUCUCUCUUUCGGUGAAAAAAAACAUUGUGGUGAUGUGUUAAAUAUCUGUUCAUGAUCAUAGCUUCAGUCCUAUGAGUCGAGCUUAAUGAGCAUGUUGGUAUCUGUUGGUAUCUAUUGCUACCCUGAAAAGUACCGUGGUGUGACCUGUAAGUGAACGAACCUUAGUUUGUACUUGUAAAGUGCAUCUCAUGUUAUUGUAAAUGGGAUCCGAGAAGUAGAAAUAUUGGCAAAUACAUUAGCUUCCUAGACAACCUACAAGAAGUGUGUUUACCUGCCCCAGUCCAAUAUGCCACCAUUUUGUUUCUUGAGAAGAUUGCUUUGAAGUCAGAAGCAGGAGCACCGAAUAAAACGCCCUCGUCAGUGUGAAACAAACACAGCGCAUGCCAACUCACAGAUCCUGCAUAGAUCCUGUUAAAAUUGCUGUCGCUCACAGUUCUCUGAGACGCAUUGCUUUCCUGAUUUAAGAGCCUACACAGACCAGCAGGAAUACGCUCCGUUUACGCUCGCUAAAGAGAAGCUCCUCGCAUGCGCUGCAGGCACUCGAGCAGUUACAGGCAUGAGCCUGGGCGUUGAUUUGUACCUUAUGUGUACCUUAUAUAGCUUAAAAAAGCUAUUUUGCAGCUCUCACACUAAAGUCAAUGUACAGGCCAACUUUCAUCCAAUAAAUUCCCCCCCCCCCCCCUCACAUUAUCAGGCAGACCUGAUAUAAAUAUUUGUGUGAAAGGCUUUAGAACAAGGGCUGCCCAGCCCUGUUCCAGGAGAUCUGCUGUCCUGUGGGUUAUCACUCCGACCCCCUAACAAAGCACACCUCAUUCAGCAGCUAGAGGUUUUCAUUUCAAAUCAGGGUUGGAGUGAAAAGCUGCAGGACGGUAGAUCUCCAGGAACACGUUUGGGCAGGUUUGCGUUAAGCCUUCCAUACAGCAGUAAUACCCUGAAGUUUUCUGUUAGUUUUGACAAAAGUAUUCUGUUUCAUUGCAAAAUUCUCUCUGGAUCCACAGAAGUGUUUUCAAAUUUUAGCCACACAAAAGAGUUGAAAGAUUUUAGAUCCAGGUCUGUGUUUGAGAAGGAGACAGAGGAAGUCCAGCUCUGAGCAGAUGUGUUUUGACUGUAUAAAGGCCAUUUAGUGGCCCCUUUAAAAACAUGUUUAAAAUCGAGCGUUAUGUUCUCACAGAUAGCACUUUUCUCCUCACACAUAACUCACGCUCCCAUUUCGUUUCAAUGUUUGAUAUUGAAACAAGGUCUUAAUGUCAAAAACAUUCCUUACGUAAUUUAGCUUUUUUAAUUUAAACAAAAGAAAAGCAGCUUCAUAAUGUUUACACAUUGCAAAUAGAAUGUACCUUUGAAACGAGUCUUAAUUGCAUGGCAAAUAAUAUCUGGCCAUAUGAAAAUGGCACGUGUAUCUUGUUGAAAGCCAUUGUGAGAAAUCAUGAACUGUUUAUUCAUUUUUCACACCCAAAUAUUUGUCUUUGAAAACUGACAUCAUGAAGGAUUGUUGUGACAGAAAGCAGCCAUCAUUGGUCAUUCAAGGACAACUUACCCAUGCUAUUAAAAAGCUUGCAUAUUUACUUUU